AUGGCGGAUAUGUCGUCGUUGACGGCAUCGUUUUGGAGCGUGGUGGACGGGAUCGGCACGGUCACGCUAGCGUGGACGCUAGCUUUGUUAGUAGCCGCCACGUACAUCUCGAUGCAAUACUCGCGCGACAAACAACGAGAUGCGCUCGCUAGUGCCACGCCGUUAGAAGAAAUGCCGUUGGAGCGACUAACUGACACUGGGCGGCACGAUGCGCGAGUAGAUCAGAGCAGCGCCGCGGAGCAGACCAGCGACGGCGCGUGCAUCGGGGGCGGUGGCAAGGAGGAAUACGAUGCGCUUGUGGUCGGUGCAGGCAUUGCGGGAUGCGCGCUCGCUUACUCCCUCGGAAAGACGGGACGGCGAGUGUUGGUAUUGGAGAGGGAUCUGUCGGAGCCAGAUCGGAUCGUGGGCGAGUUGCUGCAGCCCGGCGGUUAUCUCAAGCUCGUCGAGCUGGGCAUGCAAGACUGCGUGGACGGCAUCGACGCGCAGCGCGUGGACGGCUACGCGCUCUUCAUGGACGGCGGCGAUUGCAAGGUGUCGUACCCCACGCUCUCCACGGCGCAGCUGCACAUGCUCUUCGCGGGCCACCGCCUCGAGGCGCCGGGCAGCGCGGCGGGCGACGAGAUGUGGAAGGUGGCGGGGCGCGGGUUCCACAACGGCCGGUUCGUGCAGCGGCUGCGCGAGAAGGCGGCGUCGCUGCCCACAGUGACGUUGAGAGAGGCGACGGUGCUGGGCCUGCUGGAGGACGGCGACCGCGUCACGGGCGUGCGCUACCGCGCCGCCAAGCGCGCACCCGGCAGCGCGCCGGGCAGCGUGCAGGAGGCAAGCGUGGUGGGCGGGAAGGGCGAGACAGAGGAGGGCGAGAUGCUGGCGCCGCUGACGUUCGUGUGUGACGGCUGCUUCUCCAACCUCCGCCGCUCCAUCUCCAAGUCCAAGGUGGACGUGCCGUCGUCGUUCGUGGGGCUGCUGCUGCGCGACUGCGCCUUGCCGCACCCCAACUACGGCCACGUGGUGCUGGCGGACCCGUCGCCCGUGCUCUUUUACCCCGUCAGCAGCACGGAGGUGCGCUGCCUCGUCGACAUCCCCGCCGGCACCAAGGUGCCCUCCAUCGCCUCGGGGGACAUGGCGGACUACCUCCUCUCGAACGUCCUCCCGCAGCUACCGAAGCAGCUGCAGGGGCCGUUCCGAGAGGCGGUGCGGGCGGGCGACAUCCGGUGCAUGCCCAAUCGCAUCAUGCCAGCUGUCCCCGUCACCCGUCCCGGCGCGCUGCUGAUGGGCGACGCGUUCAACAUGCGACACCCGCUCACAGGUGGCGGCAUGACAGUGGCUCUGUCUGACGUGUCAGUGCUGACUCAGAUCCUCCGCCCGCUCAAGGACUUCCGCAAUACGCGGGCGGUCUGUGAAUACGCCGAGGCCUUCUACACGCGCCGCAAGCCCAUAGCAGCGACCAUCAACACGCUCUCCAUCGCACUCUACCGGGUCUUCUGCGCCUCCAAGGACGAGGCCAUGAUGGCCAUGCGCCAGGCGUGUUUUGACUACCUGCAGCUGGGCGGGGCGUGCUCAGAGGGCCCCAUCUCGCUGCUCUCAGGCCUCAACCCACAGCCGCUGAGCCUCGUGCUGCACUUCUUCGCUGUCGCAUUCUUUGCUCUCGCGCGCCUCCUCCUGCCCCUCCCCAAGCCUGGCCGUGUCUGGCUCGGCGCACGCUUGAUACAGGGAGCUGUUCAGCUGAUUGUGCCAAUCAUCAAGGCGGAGGGGUUCGAGGCGUACGAGGCGGCCAAUUACCGCAUGUGGGCUCGAUCCAAAUCUGUCGCUUUUUCCAGGCGCAAGGCUUCAGGGUCUCGCAGCAACGAGCAGCACAACUUGGAUUUCCUCGAUAGCUAUGGAUACGCGCCGCAAAAUGCGGAGCUCAUGACACGUGUCGAAGAGAACUCGUCGUUCAGUCAAGUCGCAGAGAGAGAUGCGGAAGAGCAGGGCUGCGGCGGCGACGGGGACUUGGGAGGGGAUCACGCGGAACGCGGAGCGGCCGAGAGGUUGACGGAGGAAGGGAGAGCUGGCGGAGAGGGUUCGAAGACAAGGGGAGCGCGAGACAGCAGCGGCAACAGCAGCAGCACAAGCAGUCACGAGAGCGCAGCGGACGAAGAGAGGGGGCUGCGGGGCUUCCUGCGGUAUUGCCGCAAGAAAAUCAGGCAGGCAAGCACGCGCGCCGAUGAGAGCUGCUCGGAUUGCGCGGAUGGCGCGGACGGCGAGGACGCGGAGGGCGGAGAGGGAAAGGCGACCGCGGCGGGGGCCUUAUUGAAGCGCAGUUUGACGGAGGAUACGACGGGGAAGACCAUGGCGCGCGGCGAUUUCAACGGCUUGCCGCGGUCGGCGAGCGACGUUCUGCAGGACGCGGAGAUGGACGAGAUGGACCGAGAGGUGCUGCAAGAGGCGUUCGUGCGCGUGGUGGCGCUGCAGCAGCGCGUGCAGCACUACCGCGACCUGGGCGGGUUCGUGGUGCUCAUGGCGCUCUUCAUCACCAUCCUCUACCUCCAGGCCGACUCCUCCCGCAGCUACCAGAUCACCGCCGCACACUCCGUCCUCUUCCCCCCAGGCAUGCGUCAGGACGCCUCCAACACCUUCAAUGGACCAGAGGAUUUCUACAGCUGGCUCAACACCAGCAUCGUGCAGAGCCACUGGGCGGAUCCCACGUGUGGCGACGGCACGUGCGACCGCCCCUUCCAGUUCCCCGCGUUUGGCCGCUUUGGCUGCGAGGCGGACUGCGGCACGUUCCCCAACCUCACCUCCAUCGUUGUCAGAUUCUCCUCCCACCUCGACACGCAGCAGGCAGCAGACGAAUCUUCCUGGAACCUCUGCAUGGUUGACCCGAUCUCCCUCUGCUGGUACGAGUCAUUUCAGCCAUUCCCACGGGGCGAUGUUGAGGUGGCGGUACCGUUGGACAUUCCGGACGGCGACUGGGUGGUGGUGCUCAAUGCGCCCGCGGGGGGCAUCCGCGGCACCGUGCAUGCACCCCCUCCCGGCACACAGCGCCUCUCCGUCGUCGGUGCGGCCUCAACCAUCGAGCUCGCCGCAUGGGGGUCCUGCGCGCUUGAAGAUGAUGUGGCGCUGGCCAAUCAGAUGCUGCUCAGUGGCGGCGCUGCUGGUGCUCCGCCUGACAUGUGUCGUGAUGUGAGCAUGCCAUAUGCGACCGCUGCUCCAUAUGCGACCACUACGUGUGCAAGGCUGGUGGCCUGCCUGCCAACGACCUGUGGGCGGCCAUUCACGGAGAGGGAGGUGGCAGGGGCGUUCGUGGACUGUGCGCGCAUGUGCAUCGUUGCACGCGCCUCCAUCACCACCUACACCGAUGUCACUUGCCCCAUGCCGGAGAUCGCAUCGUUGUUUGCCAACACCGCAUGCAACGUUUCAGGCGCCACGGAUCAACAGCGACUGAGAGUGCUGCAGGUGGCGGUGUCGCGAGCUCUCUUCACCAUGGCCAAGGACCGCUGCCUGGCGGGCCACGGACCCGGAUCAAAGCGCUCCCACACACUGGGAGGGCCGGGCAGCGUGCGCUGGCACGUGGUGGCCACCCUCUGCACCAUGCUGGGGGGACCUGUCACCACCAUGGAUGAGUGCCGCAUGUAUGGUGCGGAUGGGAAGCAAGUGAUGACCAUGGCAGAGAUGUUUGCAUACCUCAAGUUCCGCCAUAGCGGGCAUGUGAUCUCGGCGCAGCACAUGGUGCGGUGGGUGCAGAUGGUGGCAGCGGCUGUGAGCUCUGUCACACCUGUGCCAGACGUGGCAGCGGCACGCCUCAAUGCGCUCUUGCACUCCUUUGAUGAUGCUGUCGUCUCCUCCGACGCUGUCGGCUGCUCUCAAGGUGGAGCGUGGCUGCCGUGGCGGGCAGGCGUGACGCACAACACGACGGUCCAUGUGGGCGACAAGGUCACCUGGGUGUGGGAUGACGACCUCCCGCACUCCCUUAAGGUGGCGGGGAUGGGGGAGGUGGACGAUCCGCUGUUUCUGGGCUUCGGAGGGCACCGCCUGGCCGUGUCGCGCAAGCUGGCAUGCACUCCCCUGAACGUGGGCAAUGGGGACGCCUUUGACGAGCCCAUGCCAUGCGUGCUCAAGAUAGACGACGGCUCCGCUGGCUCCUUUGCGUACAGCAAGGUGUUUGAGGAGCCAAUCACCAUCCACUACGAGGACGGCACUCUCUCGCUCGAUGAUUCUUCCCCCUCGUCCUCGUCUUCCACGUCUGCUGCGUCUCUUCUCACUGUGCUGCCUGCACGAGCAGGAGCCGAGGUUGCUGGUGUUGUGAAUGUCACCGAUAGCACCACUCUCUCAAGCACUGCACGCUUCACCCCCACCAAUACCAUCACCCCAUCCGCCUCCUCCUCCUCAUCCUCCUCAGCACCCUACGAGUGCGCGCCGGGCUGUCUGCUGUGGCGGCUGGCGAACGGGGUGUGUGAUGCGGCGUGCAACAUGCCCGCGUGCGCCUUUGACGGUGGCGACUGCGCGUGUGUCGACCCGCUCUUUGGCCCCGGCAUCUGCCCCUGUCCCCCCGGCCACACGCGGCGCGACGACGGCUCGUGUUGUCUAUCCACGGCGGUGGGCGCCAAUCUCAACUUCCCCUUCUCACUGCAGCGCUACGGCCCCAACUACACGGAGAGCAACUACGCCUUCGCUGCUGAGAGGGGUCGUGCUGUCAACCGCUUCGUGUCCCGCCGCAACCGACUGCUAAUCGGCAUGGUACUGCAGCAAGAUCGGUGGGGCACGAAGCAGUGCAACGGAUCGGGGCUGCUGCACCUGGCGGGGUGGUGCAGCAACGGCACGUCCAGGGAGCCGUUUGGAGUGAACCCGCACUUCCUGCCCACAUCGGCCAUCUACGACAGCGCUGCCACCGCCAACAUCACCCAGCUCGACAACAACACCUUCGGUGUCAAACUGCGCUUCAAUCCGCAGGGUCUCCCCUAUGGCUUUAUCUACCCAAUGGACUCGCUCACAACCCUCCCCUUGGUGUUUGACAUCAAUCUCGACUACGAGGCGGCCAUGCGUCGUUUACAAUACCUGGUGGAUGGAAGCUAUAUUGACAAUGGCACUCGCACUGUGGACGUCAGCUUCAUUACUUUCAAUGGGGACUCGCUCACGUUCGUGCUCACAACUGUGCGUUGCACGGUGAAUGCCGGAGGCAGCAUGGCAGUGAGCUUCAAGUCGCAGCCGGCAGCCAUGGCGAUGUACGAUGCAUCGGCGGAGAACAUCGCACGGCUGGUGCUGGAGGUGGUGUAUCUGGUGGGGCUGCUCUGGAAUGUGUGUGGCGAGCUGCAGGAGAUGGCCGACCGCGCUGCCGUCCAUGGCUCUGUGCUCAGUUACUUCGGCCUCUUCUGGAACUGGGUUGACAUGCUCUCCCUCGCGUUGCAAGUGGUUGCGGUUGUUCUUUGGGUGACGCUUUGGCGGUACGUGAGUGGGUUUGACAUGCAGCCACGGUACGACAUCUACUACUCGCUGCUCGAGAUGCCACGCUACUGGGCCGUGCCCAACCCACCCACGGGCUUCCUCAGCGCCACUCAGGCCUUUGCUGAUUUGCGCAACAUCAUCAACCUCCGCGCCGUCUACUUCGCCCUCCAGGGCAUCAAUGUAUUCUUCAUGAUGAUUCGCCUUCUCAAGGUCAUGGACUUCCAGCCAUACCUCGGGGUCAUCACGCGAUCCCUUGCCCUCGCCACGCCCUCCCUGCUGCACUUCUUCCUGCUCUCCUUUGCCGUUUUCUUCUGCUUCAGCAUGUAUGGCUACCUCGUCUUUGGAGGCGCAAUGGAGCUGUUCUCCACGGUACCAGAGUCCAUGUUCUCGUUGUUCCUGCUGCUCAUCAACGACAACGGGUCGGCCUACUUCUUGCAGCGCCUGGAGUCAUGGGACCUGAUAGCCGCGAUGCUUUUCUUCUUCAUGUUCAUCGUCUUCAUGGUCUUCAUCCUCCUCAACUUCCUCAUCGCCAUCAUCGUCGACGCCUUCAUGAGCGUCAAGGACAGCCACAUUGUCGCCACCUCCAUAGCCGCUGACCUCGCUCACAUCAUCAAGUACAAGUGGAACUGCUGGCGCGGGCGCUACUUGAAGUAUUCUUUCAUUCUCGAGCGCCUCGUGCAGCUGGGAGCCAAGGACACCCGAGUGGACCAGUCGGAUCAUCGGAUGCGGCGCAUGCAGUCAAUGCAGCAACGGACGGCAGCCAUGUUCUGCGGCAGCUGCGGGAACACCCAACCCGAGGCAUCUACCAGCGAAUCUUGGGAGCGGCGGCAGCAUGUGCUGACAGUGAGGGAGAAGCGCAUCGACGCCAUCUCGCUCGCCAUGAUCCUGCAGCGCCGCCACGACAGGGAGCGAGGAGAGCCCCACAAGGCUCAGCCGCCGUACAAGUGCUGGCCCAGGGCAGGUUCGAACGCAGGUGCGGAGGACGAGGAGGGGCUGGAGCAGCUGUCGCAGGCGGUGGUGCGGCAGUGUGGCGAGGUGGUGAAGCAGGCCGCCCUGCCCGUCAAGAAGCCCGUUCAGAAACUCAGCCUGGCUCACAUCAAGGAGGACUUGGCGCGUAGUGAGGCGGCGGUGAAGGAGCUAAGAAGCAUGCUGGCGCUCGUGCUGGACCACCUCGCCCGCACGCACCCCCUGGACAACGCUGACCACGCAGUGGGUGCUCCCGCUGGGCCGUCAGCGGCACCAAGCAUGCGGCGAGUCUACACAGCUCCCUUGCCUCUCCAUAACCUCCUUGCGGAGUCCCCGCAGUCACUGGAGCUAGCGGGAAGCAGGAGAGAGGUGCCCCGAAGGUUCAGUGAUGCUGGGCCAGGUGGAGGGGCAGUGGAGGGAGAGGAGAGACGGGGGGACGUACGAGAUGGCUCGAGCAUUGCAGGAGGGAGCGCAAGCAGAAGCUUGUUGGCAUCAAAGCGAGGGUCUGAGAGGCGGGUGUCCUUCAAGGAUGGCACAUCGGAUGAUAGGAACAGCCCUUUGAGGCCAGGGGAGGAGUGGCUGCAGCACCCCCCGGUGUGA